AACACCAGCUCAGCAUCACCAGCUCACCGCCUGCUGAAUCCAGGGAAUAAACUCUGAACAGUUUUCCUGAGAGACGACUGCUGAACAAACAGUCAGUGCAGAAAUGUCUCAGCUGUCUGUCCUGCUGCCUCUGACAGGCCUUCUCUUCUUGGUGUCCUCGACAUUUGGAUCAGAGUCCAGCGUGCCGUACCCUGUGACCUGUGUGACCCGUGGAGUUGACCUGAUGGAGGACAGAGUGGUGGUUUUGUGUCCUCCAGACUGCACCCAGUGGAGGGUGUCGGUGUUCGGGACGGGGAUCUACGCCUCCGUCUCCUCCGUCUGUGGAGCUGCCAUCCACAGGGGGGUGCUGCGUCCGUCCGGUGGCCCCGUCAGGGUUCACAAGCUGCAGGGACGACACAACUACAUGAGCUCUUACGCCCACGGCAUCCAAUCACAGGCCCUGCCCCACUGGACCGCCUCCUUCAGCCUCACCAAGCCUGUUAAUGUUCCACUGGAGUUGACCAGUGAGACCAGCACCACAGCUCUGCCUGCAGCUGCACAGCCAGCAAAGAAACCACUGAAGAAGCCAUCAGUGAAGAAAGCUCUGACAGGUGGAAAUAAAGACUGUCAGAUGGACAUCGCCAUGGUGAUCGACAGCAGUAACAACAUCGGGCAGCGAAGAUUUAACCUGCAAAAGAACUUUGUUGCCAAGCUGGCGGCCAUGUUGAAAGUUGGAUCAACAGGACCACAUAUAGGACUGAUCCAGGCCAGUGAUUCUCCCAGGACAGAGUUCUUACUGAACAACUACACUCAGCCUAAAGAGCUGCUGUUUGCCAUCAAGGAGCUGGCCUACCUGGGAGGAGACACCAACAUAGGUAAGGCCAUCAUGCACACGGCGGAGACCUUCUUCACCCAGGAGAAAGGGGGGAGGCGGGGUCACCCCCGGGUGAUGAUGGUGCUGGUUGACGGCUGGCCAUCUGAUGACUUGGAGCAGGCGGCCACGUUGGCCAGAGAGUCCGGCAUCAAUGUGUUCUUGGUGUCUGUGGCCAAACCGGCACCUGAGGAGCUCCCCAUGGUGCGAGACAAGGACUUCAUGAAGAAGGCGGUGUGUAAAGAUAAUGGUUUCUUCAAUUAUUUGAUCCCCAGCUGGUUCAGCACCACCAAACACGUCAAACCUCUCACUCAGAGGCUCUGCUCGCUGGACAGCCUGCUCUGCAGUAAAACCUGCUACAACUCAGUGAACAUCGGGUUCCUUAUCGACGGUUCCUCCAGCGUCGGAGAGGGAAACUUCCAGCUGGUCCUGGACUUCUUGGCAGGAAUCGCCAGCAGCUUUGACAUCUCAGACGUGGGCGCUCGUGUCGGUGCGGUGCAGUUCACCUACGAUCAGAGGCUGGAGUUCGGCCUGUUUGACCACUCCAGCAAAGAUGAAUCCAUCAACGCCUUGAGGAGGAUCCCCUACAUGAGCGGAGGAACAUCCACUGGAGCCGCCAUCAGCUACACCACCCAGAACCUGUUCAGGCGGACGGGACCAGGUCGCAACUUCCUCAUUGUGGUGACGGACGGCCAGUCAUAUGAUAAUGUCAGAGACCCGGCCAUGAUUGCGCAGAAACAAGGCAUCACCAUGUACUCAGUGGGCGUGGCCUGGGCACCCAUGGACGACCUCAAAGCAAUGGCAUCAGAGCCGAAGGACAGCCACACCUUUUUCACCAGGGAGUUUACCGGCCUCGCCGAGUUCGUCCCUCCACUGGUCCGAGGCAUCUGCCGAGACUUCACAGAAAACAACUAAGAGCACACGCGUGCGCACACACACACACACACACACACACGUCUUUGUACUUCUGUACUUGUGAUGAUGACCUUACCUCAAACCUAACUGUUGGACAACAUAUUAACCAUCAAAGCAGCCUGACAAUGAGAGCACUGGACAAAAUGCCCUCACUUUACAAAAUGUCCUCUCUUUAGCAGUAGAGAAACUGUCCUCACACAGAUAGAAGUUGUUCUUGUUGGGUCCCUCACUGACAAGCUUAGCCAAGCCCCUAAACCUAAACCAAGUCUUAACCCUCAAACAACCGCUUUAAGAAGUGAAAAUGAGACAAAAUGUCCUCAGUUGUCAAAAUGUCCUCACUUUGCAGGCAGAGUGUAAGGUCCCCACAAAGAUAGAAGUACAAAAUUUCACACACUCUGUAUAUAUACUGUACACACAUUAACCAACCAGUACUGACACAUACAUAUGUAUAUAAAAGACACACAACAUAUAAAUUCACACAUAUAUACACAAACCCCACCUUUUUAAUGAAGCAUAUGUUUGGAAACCCCCAAACAACCAAUGAUCAUCAUCAUCAACAGCAGAAAACAAAAUCAUUCACUUUUCAUGAAGCAGUGUGUUCGACUCUGUAAUCAGAUUUAUUACAGUAAAUAAUGUGCGACAUGACAAACUCAUAGAAAUACAAAAAUUAGUAUUGUAAACAACUUGUAAAACAUUGCUAACUUCAUAUUAGUCAGCUAAAUUGAUUUUAUUACUUUUAACUCAGCUAACUUUAAUAAGAACUAUAAGCAGCACUGGUGUAUUUGAACUACAGGGUGCAUUUAAAGCCAAGGAAGCUAAUUUAUUUAAAAUAGAUGCUAACUAUGAAAAAAAAUCUGUUGAAUCCACUUUAAAAAAUACAUAUUUUGCAUUUUACAUAUUAAAAAGAAUAAAACUGGAUCCUGGGUCUUGCAAUUAUGACUUUUGUAUCUCGUAAUCACAAAAUAAAAUUAGUUUUCUUGUAAUUGACCUUCCGCUAAGCCCCACCCCUUUGUGAUGGUCUGACAAGCUGUCAGAGUAAGCAUGAAGCCCACACUGUAACUAACUGCAC